AAAUUUAUUUAAGAGUUAGUACAGUUGUUUUGGUUUAAAAGUUGGUGCAUUUGCCUUGUCAAGGGUAUGGAACCUCAAUAUAUUGCUAAGUCAUAUUUCCAGGAUGUUGAUAGAAAAGUACUCCAGCCCAGCAGACUCCAGCCGAGCCGCACCCAGUGACGGCCGACGCCGAGCGGCCGGUCGGCGCUCCAGACGGGCCGCGCCGCCGGCCAGCCCACCGCCAGGCACUGCACCAGUAGCGGCCGCGCCUGCCCGGCCAGUACCCGGGCCGCGCACACUGCGGCUGACGUGCAGCCCGCCGCCGCCGCAGUCGCCGACCCACGGACGGAUACACGGCCACCUACGUCCGGCUGGCCGACCAGACCACCCUGACCAGGUCUAUCCGCCGACCGGAGCUGGUGCUGCUCCUCAAACACCUGCGGCCCAACACGGCAUACUCAGUUCCGAUGAGCGCCUGUAACCGAGCCGGCCAGGGUCCUGCCAGCUCGCCCGUCACCGCCACCACAGAGGAGGGAGUGCCGGAGGUGGCGCCGCGUCAGCUGACCUGCCGGGUCGUGUCACCCUCCUCCAUCGGUCUCAGCUGCCUGUGGCUGGCCGGCGGCGCGUGCUGGCGGCGCGAGGGCCAGUUCCCGGCCGACCUGGACGUGGCCGAGUUGUGCAGUCUGCUGCCGGUCACAGUCUACCAGCUGUUGGUGAGCGCCCACAGCGCGGCCGGCACCACAGAGUCUACCACCCGGCUGGCCAUCCACGCCGCAGACGGAGCAAUGAUAUCUCCGCUGCCGCCGCCAGAAAAGUCUGUCAAUGGGAGGCAGUGACGCCGGGGCUCAGAACCGGGAGGGCGAUCCGUCGGAGCGGUUAGCUGUGAACUGGCCACAGCCGGGUAGAGCCCACCGUACUCCCGGGACACCUGCUGAAUCGUCAGCUGACUAGUGACGUCCUUGACUCCAGAGGUGCUGUCUUGGACGUGGAACCUGCCGCCCAGCUGGUCGGCGCUGACGCCGUCCCUCGUCCAGGUGACAGCCGGCGGCGGUGACGCGGUGGCCGCACAGGUGAAUGAGACCGCAGUGUCCACCACCGGCUGCACCGUCUGCUGAACCAGCGACAACAGCAGCCGAGCCGGCAACGCUCCGAUCCUGACCUGGGUGGUGGCGAGGUCAUCGGUCACGUGACACUGGUACAUGCCGGCCACGGACGGGUUGCCGCCGGUCAGCUGCAGAGCCGGCCGGCUGGCGGCGGCGGGCAGACGGCGG